AUGAGACAACUAAAUGUUGUCAUUGCUGAUGAUCAUCAUUUGGCUUUCAUUUCGGAUAGACAUGCGGCUAUUGCUAAGGCGCUUGAGACUGUGUAUCCAACAGCCAAACAUGGUAUUUGCAUUCAUCAUUUGUUGAAUAAUGUGGUAACAUAUUACCAUGGGAAAGGACUUGUUGGGUUGGUUGCAAAGGCGUCCAAGGUUUAUAGAGUUCCUGAGUUUGAAAAGACAUUUGCUAAUGUGUGUAAUAUCAGUUCGGCAAUUGGAAAAUACCUAAGGGAUGCUGAAGUAAAAAAGUGGGCAAGAUGUCAAUUCUCUGGAUAUAGAUAUGACAUAAGGACAACAAACCCUGCCGAAUCCAUCAACUCUGCUUUGUGUUCGCCGAGAGAGUAUCCAAUCAUUCCCUUGUUGGACAGUAUCAGGGAAAUGUUGACUCGGUGGUUUUAUAACCGUAAGAAAAAGAUUUCAAAGCAUAAUCAUCCUCUCACCAAAGAUGUGGAGAAAAAGAUUGAAAGGAGGACCGAGAAAGGCAAAACAUUUGCAGUUUACCCUGUCAGCGAUGGUCGAUUGCUUGUUAGAGGUGAUAAAAUCGACUGCUUAGUUGAUUUGGAUAGACGGACUUGCUCAUGUGGGAAGUACAACUUGAUGAAGAUACCUUGUCGACACGCAAUUAAAGCUGGUUUUCAUGUUGGCACACAGCCACACACAUUGACUAAUUUGAUGUACACUAUAGAAGCUUGGCGAGAAGCUUAUCAUGAUAGCAUCAAUCCUAUUGCUGUUCCUGAGGAUGCUUGGUCCAUACCAGAAAAUGUUGUCCAAGUCAAUGUGCUACCACCAGAGUCAAGAAAAUCAGUUGGAAGGAAUAGAAAACGCAGAUAUUAA